AUGAAUAGCCUCAGUCUGGUGGCAGACGUAUGUCCAUUGGUCAUCAUGAACCUGACCUCCAGCUCUGAUUCUAUCCACUUCCUUACUAAUAGUUCUCCUGGUAUGAGAGACCAGCCUGAUACCACCAUCAUAGCCGAGACUGCCAUCUUAGGUGGCUCUUACCAGGAAUUGGCCAUAUUAUCUGACAGUGUUGGUGGGUGGAAGCAGCACAAUGUCAGUCAUGUCUCAAGGUACGGAGGCAACUUCACUGACUCUCCAGUUAACAGCACAUUAAUGCUGCCAACAGAGGAAUUUGACCCAUUAGGAGGACAUACUAUCUGGCAGGUCAUCAUAAUCGUCUUCCUCACUGGAUCACUUUCUCUUGUCACUGUCGUUGGCAAUAUCCUCGUGUUGGUGUCAUUCAAGAUCAAUAAGGCACUCAAAACAGUAAACAACUACUACCUGCUUAGCCUAGCAUUUGCUGACCUGACCAUUGGCACACUCUCAAUGAACCUGUAUACCACCUACAUCAUCAUGGAUCAGUGGGCUCUGGGGCCGGUGGUCUGUGACCUGUGGCUUGCCAUAGACUAUGUGGCCAGUAAUGCCUCAGUCAUGAACCUGCUUGUUAUCAGCUUUGACAGGUAUUUCUCUGUUACCAGACCUUUGACUUAUCGGGCUAAGCGUACAACCAAGCGAGCCAUGACCAUGAUCGGAUUAGCCUGGUCAAUCUCUUUCAUUCUGUGGGCCCCAGCCAUCCUGUUCUGGCAGUACAUUGUGGGUGAGCGGACAGUCCAGCCCAACGAGUGCUACAUCCAGUUCCUGUCCGAGCCCAUCAUAACAUUCUGCACUGCUAUUGCUGCGUUCUACUUGCCAGUAACUAUUAUGUCAUUCCUGUUUUGGAAGAUCUAUCAGGAGACAGAAAAGCGUGCUAAAGAUAUACAAGGUCUCAAGGGUUCUGGUGCAGGCAACAGCCCAAACCAGGCUCAGAACCAAGGCAGUGGUAGUGGAAAAACUGGUGGAGAGAGUGCAACUAGCAGCCCAAAGGAUUCGUCAGCCAUGCUGCGCCAGAUGAGUUCUCAAAGCUGCAGCAGCUAUGAAUUAAAUCAACCUACAGACAACAAAGACAACGCCAGCAUUGCUGUUGGAACGGGAAGCAGAGGGGGGUGUGGCACAUUCUGCUUCCGGUUUGCUUCACUGCUGCCAGGUCGCCAUGCCUCAAAGAGGUCUGUCAACACCACAACAACCACGAUGGGUGAUGCAGAGCAGAGCAGCUGUGACAGCUUUAACAACAACGAAGUUGGUGCCUCCGGGGACCAGUCAGGUUCAGAGGACGAAGCUGAUGGUGCAGACCCAGCAAGGCCUCCAACAGAUGGAAAGAAAUCUAAAAAGGGGAAAAACAACAAAGACAAACAAUCAUCAUCCAACAAAAGUCGAAAAGGGUCACAAUCCAGCCCUGUCACCUCAUCGCCCACUGACCAAUCACCUGCAGCCAUCACCAUGAAAGACGCAGCGAUGGCCAAACGCUUCGCCUCCAAGGCCAAGACAGAGAUCAACAAGCGCAAGAAUGAAAAAAAGGCAAACGAGAAGAAGGCAGCGCGGACACUUAGUGCCAUCCUCUUUGCCUUCAUCACAACAUGGUUACCGUACAAUAUCAUGGUGUUGGUCAACACUUUUUGUCAGGACUGUAUUCCAACAACUCUUUGGGCACUGGGCUACUGGUUGUGUUAUGUUAACAGCACAGUCAACCCCAUGUGCUAUGCCCUGUGUAACAAGACCUUCCGGACAACUUUCAGGGACAUUUUGAUGUGCCAGUGGAAUCAAAAGAAGAACAAGCCUCACUUUCAUCAGAGGAAGGCUGUGGCUUUCAAGAAAAAAGACCCAAUGUAG